GGUGGUGAUUGGCUUGUCUCCCUCACGCCCACUGGUCUUUAAAUCAUUGUCUAGAUGCCCAAAGUUUCAUAUAAGUCAAUUCUGUUUUAGAGUUCUGCUAUUCUGAACAGUUCCAGAAAGACUGAACAGUACUGGAGGAAUAAUUAAGAACAGAGAGUACUGGACACCAACACAAAGUGGAAGAACCUUAAGCUGAAGGUACAGUAUAUUGUUUACACUGAAGGAGCUCGUGUGUGGACAAGAAAGUGCUGACAGCUGAAAUGGAUCCUGUGGAACUGAGAAAUGUCAACAUCGAACCUGAUGAUGAGAGCAGCAGUGGAGAAAGUGCUCAAGAUAGCUACACCAGCAUGGAAAAUUUAGAAAAGGCAGCAAUGAGCAGUCAAUUUGCUGAUGAAGAUGCUGAAAGUCAGAAAUUCCUGACAAAUGGAUUUUUGGGGAAAAAGAAGCUGGCAGAUUAUGACGAUGAACAUCAUCCUGGAACCACCUCCUUUGGAAUGUCUUCAUUCAACCUGAGUAAUGCCAUCAUGGGCAGUGGAAUCUUGGGUCUAUCCUAUGCCAUGGCCAACACAGGGAUCAUACUUUUUAUAAUCAUGCUGCUUGCUGUGGCAAUAUUAUCACUCUAUUCAGUUCAUCUCUUAUUAAAGACUUCUAAGGAAGGAGGAUCUUUAAUUUAUGAAAAAUUAGGGGAAAAGGCAUUUGGAUGGCCUGGUAAAAUCGGAGCUUUCAUUUCUAUUACAAUGCAGAACAUUGGAGCAAUGUCAAGCUACCUCUUUAUCAUUAAAUAUGAACUACCUGAAGUAAUCAGAGCAUUCAUGGGACUUGAAGAAAAUACUGGAGAAUGGUACCUCAAUGGCAACUACCUCGUCCUAUUUGUGUCUGUUGGAAUCAUUCUUCCACUUUCUCUUCUUAAAAAUUUAGGUUACCUUGGUUAUACCAGCGGAUUUUCUCUUACCUGCAUGCUGUUUUUUGUCAGUGUGGUGAUUUACAAGAAAUUCCAAAUACCCUGCCCUCUGCCCAUUCUGGAUCACAAUGUUGGAAAUCUGACAUUCAACAAUACACUUCCAAUGCACGUGGUAAUGUUACCCAACAACUCAGAGAAUAGUGGUGUGAACUUCAUGAUGGAUUACACCCACCAGAAUCCUGCAGGGCUAGAUGAGAACCAGGCCAAGGGCUCUCUUCAUGGCAGUGGAGUAGAGUAUGAAGCACACAGUGAUGACAAGUGUCAACCCAAAUACUUCGUAUUCAACUCCCGGGCGGCCUAUGCAAUUCCUAUCCUAGCAUUUGCUUUUGUAUGCCACCCUGAGGUCCUUCCCAUCUACAGUGAACUUAAAGAUCGGUCCCAGAGGAAAAUGCAAACCGUGUCAAAUAUUUCCAUCACGGGGAUGCUCAUUAUGUACCUGCUUGCUGCCCUCUUUGGUUACCUAACCUUUUAUGGAGAAGUUGAAGAUGAAUUACUUCAUGCUUACAGCAAAGUGUACACAUUCGACACCCCUCUCCUCAUGGUACGCCUGGCAGUCCUCGUGGCAGUCACACUAACUGUUCCCAUUGUCCUAUUCCCAAUUCGUACAUCAGUGACCACUCUGUUAUUUCCCAGAAGACCCUUUAGCUGGAUAAGACAUAUCCUGAUUGCAGCCACGCUUAUUGCACUUAAUAACGUUUUGGUCAUCCUUGUGCCAACUAUAAAAUACAUCUUUGGAUUCAUAGGGGCUUCUUCUGCCACUAUGCUGAUUUUCAUUCUUCCAGCAGCUUUUUAUCUUAAAAUUGUCAAGAAAGAACCUCUUCGGUCACCCCAAAAGGUUGGGGCUAUAAUUUUUCUUUUGGUUGGCAUCAUCUUCAUGAUUGGAAGCAUGGCACUCAUUAUAAUUGACUGGAUUUACAAUCCCCCAAUUCCCAAGCAUCACUAAUCCAAGGAAAAAAACUUCCUUUUUCUACUAAAAAUGGUUGCAAAUUAUGCUCCAAAAGACAUGCACGUUAUCUUGAUUGGGAUGUUAUUUAUAGGAAAUAACAAGAGAAUUCCAAAGACAUUUACUAGUAACAUCACCAGGCAACUUCGGAAAAGAAAAAUCAUCAUUUUUGUGAAGAAUGAUUGUGUAUGUGUUUAAAGUCUGUGGUGCACAUUUCUACCUAGGUUUUACUAGAGCAGUGUGAGAGGAUUUUUCCUACUGUACAAGCAGAAUAAGGGUAACCGUGUGUAGCUAAUCAGAUAAUACCCUUCCCCUGCAAAAAAAGUACCAAAUACUUGUAUUCUCGAAAAUCAAACAAAAAUGUCCUGGUGGCAAAGCUAUCACCACUUAACGCCUUCCCCUAAUCUUGCAUCAAAUACUCUGGGUCUAUUUAAUAACUGAAGCAAAGGCAUGUCCUAUGAACUGUCCCUGUAAGGUACGUGAAUGAUCAGACACCAGGCUAGUACAUCUUAUUGUCAACAGUAAAGGAAAAUUUCACCCAUCCUGUCUGUGACAUUGAAUUAGUGAUUUCUUUAUUCAACAGAUUUAUUUUGUAAACUAACAAUAAUAGAGAGGGGUUUUAUUUAAAUUAUAGAGCAACAACAAAAAUAAUGCUAAUAGCUAAACUACCUGUUCUGGAAGCAUUUGCUUUUUAAUGUUAUUCCUAGUCCUCUUGUC